AUGACGGAGAGGAGAUCGAAGAUCGAUCUCAUUGGAUCGGCAAAUACAAUCACGUCAAUCAUCAUUGCAACGUAUUGUAAAGCGGUGACGAGGAGGACAUUGAGACAAGGUACAGCACAACCUUCUUUGAGAACAUCAUUCAAGGUUUCAUCUCCUACGGCCGUUGUUAAGCAAAUACGUUCAUUUACCAAUAGCAAUACAACAGCUUCACAACCUUUACCGAGAAGACCUUCACCUCCUCCAGGUCCAUACGCUCUUCCUAUCGGCACGAAAAUGGUUCAAGCAAAUUUAUUAGAACGUCUAUCACAGGCGCUCAUAAAGAUCAAUCAAACAUCACCUCGUACGAUUGCUUCUCCCCCUACGCAACCGAGAAGAGCGAGUGUAGCCAUCUUGAUUCGCGUAAGACCAAACGAAGCAGAUGAUGAAUGGUUAAGUGAACAAUACGAUGCCGAUGGUCAACCUUUACCCGGCAGUGAGGCUGAAAGGAUCAUGUCUGCAUCUGCAAGUCAGUUAGAAUCAUCGAGCAAUACGAAUCAAACACCUGCUAGUGGAAGUCAUAGCAUGGAUCAUGAUGCAUCUUCAUCGGAUCCAAAAGCAGGUCAACGUGGUGCGGCAGACAGUUUCACAUCUGAUAGCAAAUCCUUCCCCUCCGCUGGAGAUGCUUCUUUUAUGGGUGCAAGUGGAAUUUCAGGUAUCACCGAUGCGCCAAUAGAAGGUCUUGAACAGUCUGGUAUAGAUCUUGCAGGAGAGUCAACGGGUGACCUAGGUUCUCGAUCCGCUGCUAAAGCUUCAUCUACUUCUUCACAACAAGGCGGCAACGCUUCUGCGACCGGCGCAGGAGCUUCGAAUUCGGGAAUAUCCUCUUCUACCUCAUCAGAAGUUGCUGCUACACAUAUGACUCUACAGCGAUUCUUCUCCUUGCCAUGGGUACGUAGAGGUCAAGCAGAAGUGCUUUAUAUCAAACGUGCUUCGCGUGAUACGGACAAAUGGUCAGCACAUGUCGCAUUCCCUGGCGGUAGAAAAGAAGAAGGUGAUGAGAAUGGAUUGUAUACCGCAAUGCGCGAGACGUGGGAAGAGAUUGGAUUGGACUUGGCUGAGAAUGAGUUUGUCAACGUAGGCAAAUUGGAUGAUCGCGAGAUCACAACAAGUUUGGGAAAGAGACUUUUGAUGGUUUUAAGCCCUUAUGUUUUCGUUCAAACUUCGCCAUUUUCACCCAUUCCCGAUUUACAGCCUUCAGAAGUGGCAUCAGCACAUUGGAUCCCACUUUCUUUGCUAUAUACACCUACACCUAAAUGGGGCGUCACAUCGGUCGAUAUUGCUUCACGUCUUGCACCCAAAUCUCCUGCUGUUCGGUGGGCAUUACGGGUCCUGGUGGGAAAGAUGGAUUUCAGGUGUAUCUUGUUGCCCAAUAAACCUAUCGCAGUAGCCGAAACAGAUGAAGACGAUGAAGUUGUUUCACCUAGCAUCAACCCUAAUGGAGAAUUAAUCGGAGAUUCAAUACACGGAAUCGAACAAGGCGAAAGACCUGAACUCAAAUUAUGGGGAUUGACGUUAGGAAUGACCUUGGACCUCCUAGCACAAAUGUCAUCUAUACCGGGUGCAAAACCAUCUGCCGUCAAAGCACAGGAAUCCUUGCCAAGCUUUUCGCAUUUAUUACGUGAGCCAAUGCCAACUGCAUAUACGAUUGUGGCCAGAUUACGAGAUGAAUUACACCUUAGCCCUCCUCCGGCGGCUACUGCAAUGGCGCCUUCGAUGACGAGCGUUUUUCCGCGCUUUAGUUAUCCUGAUGUUAAUUUUUGGAUUUGGGUAUUUGGAUGGAGAUACAGAACGAUUGUAAGAUCGUGGGAACGUAAUAUUGGAACAGGAUUAGAACAAACGGUAAAUUGGAGUGGAAUGGCUUUGGGAGCUUUUUAUUCUGCCGUUCGUAGGGCUUUGGUGGUCGCAAUCUUACUUCGAGCUUUAGGAUUUUUAUCAACAUUUUCCGUCGCAUUUUGGUUAACAGGACGUAGGAUUCGACGAAGUAGACGUGGACAAUCUGGUUUCGGAUUAGAUGAAUUGUUGCCUCAAUAG